AUAGAUAUUGAUGAAUGCACUGAAGACAUAUCAGGCUGUGAUCAACUUUGUUUCAAUACUCUUGGUAGCUAUGAAUGUAGUUGUGAAAGAGGAUAUGAACUAGACAGUGAUUACCAUACUUGUACUGAUAUUGAUGAGUGUGUCAUUAAUAAUGGAGGAUGUGAGCAGUCCUGUAUAAAUACCAAUGGUAGUUAUUAUUGCACUUGUGAUAUUGGUUAUUUUCUGAAUGAUGAUCGUCAUCAAUGUGAUGAUGUAGAUGAAUGUGCUUUGAGUAUAGAUGCAUGCAAUCAUGAUUGUGUCAAUACUAAUGGAUCAUACUACUGUGAUUGCUAUACAGGAUAUCAACCUAGCGCUAAUCAAAAAUAUUGCAUUGAUAUUAACGAAUGUGUAGAAAACAUAUCAAAAUGUAAUCAACUAUGCUUUAAUACUGAAGGCAGCUACAUAUGUUUUUGCGAAAGAGGGUACAAAUUAGACAGUGAUGAUCACACAUGUGUUGAUACUGAUGAGUGUGCUGUUGAUAAUGGAGAAUGUGAACAAAAUUGUCACAACACAAAUGGUAGUUACUACUGUACUUGCCAAGAUGGCUAUACAAUUGACACCAACAGGAAAAACUGCUCAGACAUUAAUGAGUGUGAUGAUAGCAUAUGUGAACACAAGUGUAUUAACAAAGUGCCUUUCUAUGACUGCUUUUGCAAUAGUGGUUAUAAAUCCUAUAAUAUAAAUUUUUGUGAAGAUAUUGAUGAAUGUAUUGAGGACAUUUCAGGCUGUGAUCAACUUUGUUCCAAUACUCUUGGUAGCUAUGAAUGUAGCUGUGAAAGAGGAUAUGAACUAGAAACUGAUAAUCAUACUUGUACUGAUAUUGAUGAGUGUGUCAUUAAUAAUGGAGGAUGUGAGCAGUCCUGUAUAAAUACCAAUGGCAGUUAUUAUUGCACUUGUGAUUACGGAUUUGUAUUGAAUGAUGAUCGUCAUUUUUGUAAUGAUGUGGAUGAAUGUGCUCUUGGUAGUCAUGCAUGUAAUCAUGACUGUGUCAAUACUAAUGGAUCAUACUUUUGCAGUUGCUAUGCAGGAUACCAGGCUACUAAUAACCAAAAAUAUUGUAUAGAUACUAAUGAAUGUGCUAUCAAUAAUGGGGGCUGUGAUCAGUUGUGUACUAAUACUCUAGGAAGCUAUUGGUGCUCUUGUAACAAUGGUUAUGUUUUAAAUGCUAUAGAUGGUCACACAUGCAUUGAUAUCAAUGAAUGUACUGAUGGUACAGCCUUUUGUGAAGAUAGCUGCUUUAACACUGAUGGAAGUUAUGUAUGUGAUUGUAAACCUGGUUAUCAGUUACAAAUGAAUAAUAUUUCAUGCUCUGAUAUUAAUGAAUGUAAUGACAAUAAUGGUGGCUGUGAUCAUGAGUGCAUCAAUCAAGAGGGUUCUUACAUAUGCAUCUGUAAUACUGGAUUUACAAUUGAAGAAGAUGGACAAGGGUGUUCAGAUAACUCAAGAAAUUGUAUAGGAAAUCCAAGAGCUUGUGAACACAAUUGUCACAAUUAUAACAACUCUUACUAUUGUUCCUGUUAUUCUGGAUACAAACUAGAUAGCAACGGAUGGACUUGUGAUAAUGUUAAUGAAUGCAAGGAAGGACUUCAUAAAUGUAAUCAAAAGUGUCAUGACUUAACUGGUGCAUAUGAAUGUUCAUGUAAUGAUGGAUAUCAACUGACAACUGACAACUAUACUUGCUAUGAUAUCAAUGAGUGCUUAGCUAAUAAUGGAGGUUGUGAAGAUAUUUGCAAUAACACACUGGGAAGUUAUGAAUGUAAAUGUAAAGUAACUGGCUAUGCAUUAAGCAGUAACAAUCAUAAUUGCUCAGAUAUUAAUGAGUGCAAGAAAGGCACAUCAGGUUGUUCACAGGCUUGUGAAAAUACUGAAGGAAGUUAUUUGUGUAGUUGUUAUGCUGGAUAUCUAUUAGAAUCUGAUAAUCAUACUUGUACUGAUAUUAAUGAAUGUACCACUAAUAAUGGAGGAUGUGAAGAAACAUGUUACAAUACUAAUGGCAGUUACACUUGUUUGUGUCAAACUGGCUAUACAGUUGAUGAUAGUGGUCAUAAUUGUACAGAUAUUGAUGAGUGUAGUUCAAAUAAUGGAGGCUGUGAUCAGAUUUGUACUAAUCUUGAAGGAACUCAUAACUGUUCUUGUAGAUCUGGUUAUAUCAAGGAAGCAAAUGGAAUGUCAUGCAUUGAUAUUAAUGAAUGUAACAAUAAUAAUGGAGGCUGUUCUCAAAUAUGCUCAAAUACUGAUGGAAGCUUUGAGUGUGAAUGCUAUAAUGGAUAUGACUUUAUUAAAAAUAGUACCACCAACUGUACAGAUAUUGAUGAAUGCCUUAUUAAUAAUGGUGGUUGUCAAGAAAUAUGUACUAAUACAAAUGGAAGUUUCAAUUGUUCUUGUCCAUUAGGCUACAGUGGCAAUGUUUUCUGUUUAGAUAUUGAUGAAUGUCAAUUGGAAAUUUCAGGAUGUAAUCAGUCUUGUAUUAAUACUGUUGGUAGUUACUACUGUCAAUGUGAAUCAGGAUACACUUUAAGUAAUGACAGUCAUUCUUGUAUAGGUUAG